AUGCAUUUAUGGCCUAACUCUGCAAAACGCCCUAUUGUAGCUUAUCACAUAAAGCUGAUGGAGUUGGCAGAAGCACUUGUUUUGGAAUGUCAAGUUUCUCUGCAAAAGUUCUGUGACAUGUUGACUGUCCUCAAUAAAUCAACUCUUUUCCCAAAAUGGAUAUCACCAGUAUAUGAUGAGAGAUGGUUCACCAUAUUGGCAAAAACCCCAGAAAUUUCUAGAAGUAUCUGCCCUCUUUGUCCUAAGGAUGGUAAAUCAGGAAGCAUUGUGGAGUGUAUGGAUGGCUGUUUUGGGCUUGUGCGGAAGAAAUCUGCAGGCACUGAUAUUUACCCAUCCAGACACAAAACAACCAUGUUUGCUGAUCAAAAUGAUGUUGACAAUUUUGUUCAAAGUUACACAGCAAAUGCCAAAGAAUCAAAUGUUGAAUGCAAUGAAUUUAAAGCUGGAGAAGUAACUGACAUGCUCAGGUCAAAAGGGAGAAACAAACUCUAUGAUGAAAAGGGUGUUUUUGGACGUGUUUGCAGACACGAUUUCCCAAAAGGCUUCCUCAACAUUAAACAUGGAGAAAGGAUAGCUUAUUCCGUGUACGAACUACAGCGUCUAUUAGACAAUUAUGAUGGGACAAGUGUUGAUGUAAAGAUUACAUAUGAUAUUGCAUGUACAUUGGAAGCCCAUUUGAAGAAAAAUGAGAGGGAAGACAUUCUUGACAAAGUUGAUUUAGCCAUACCAAUUUUCCACUGCUAUGGACACAAGUCAUCUUGCCAGAUACAGUUCAGCCCAAGGCGACUACAAGGCUAUGGUUUAACUGAUGGUGAAGGAAUCGAAAGGUUGUGGUCAUAUUUAAGAGGUUUCUCUUCAAUGACCAAGGAAAUGAGCCCCGGGCGACGUACAGAUAUGUUGACCGAUGCUUUGCUGCAUUAUUCCUCACGCCAGCUUCGUACAUGUGGAUUUCAACUUGCGAACAAGCUAAAGAAAUGUCCAGUACUUCUUCAAAACGCAUUGUUGCAAUUGGAAGAACUGUUCUCUGCGUUAUCCGUUCCAUAUGAUGGAGAAGUAAUUAAGAAGUGGAUGAAAGAUGAGGAAAAUCUGAUUUUAACGAGAGCCAAAACCAAAUUCACUUUGACGUGGCAGCAGAAGUACGUUCAGAAUCUAAUUCAUUUGAAUCAGCUGAGAUUGAAUGUUGCAUCUAUUGAGGAAGGCGCACAUGACCAACUGGUUGAAGUGGUUAAAAAAACAAAAGAGGUCAUGAAGACACUGAAAAGUAUUGAGAAGUGUAACAAGCUGCCGAAGAGGUGGAAACCAGGUGAAGCACAUUUUAAUGCGGCAGCUCUUGGUUUGGAAAAUCAAAGACGGGAUACAAUUGUGGAGCAGACGUAUAAUAUGGCAGUGGAGAGGAUGUUUCUUAUUUCUCUUAAAAGAAAAUAUUCAGAUGGUCAAGCAAUAGCAACGAAAUUAUCGAAGCAAAUAAACAGAAAAACAAAUGCGAUCAAGAGUACGGUCACCAAGUAUAAUGCCUCCUUAGCUGCUUUGCAGGAAUUGGUUGAUGGAUUGCCCAAAGAGUUGAACUUUGACGAAGCUAAGGAUCCUGAGUCUAGUCUUUACAGAACAUAUUGCGACGAGAGUACUGUUGAGAGUGUCCCUUUUUCUGUGAAAAGGUCUGCAAUUGACCUACAAAAUUUCUUAGAUCGAUGCAAAGAGGAGCAGCAACUCUUGUUGAAGGAAAUGGAAAUGCUAUUUGACCAUUAUUUGAAAAGAAGAGAUUGUCUGGAAGAGAGUUAUCAACUUCACUCGCAGAACGACUGCAGACUUUCAAAUGGGAUUUGUACUGUGGUGAAAAGUGAAAUUUGCGAGACAAACAAUAUUUUGCUUUCCUUAGGAACCACAUUUCGUAAUCAUUUAGAUGCACCUAUUCUUGACACAAUUUCUGGGAUUACUGCUACAACAUCUUCUCAUCUGUCGACGUCCUUGUUCCAGGAGACUAUUGAAGAUGAUGAAAUCGCAGUUAUAGAAGAGCAGGUUAUAGAAGAUCUUGUUGAUUUGUUAGAUGGUGAAGAUGACGACGAUACUGCAGCUCAUUAUCAAAGUGAUUGUGAUGGUGGUAAUGUUUGAUGAACAUUCCACAACAUGAACUAGAACAAACUGUAAUAAUAGUGGUAUUCUAUAUGUAGCGAUUUAUGCCUAGAAAAUGUACAAAUGUGUUAGUUUACCUCAAUCCAGCGACAAUGAGUGGGUGGCACCCCAUGAUACCCCUGCCAUUGAGCAGUUAAUACGGAACUCCUUCCGGGGGACUGGAAGCCCUGGUUAAAAAUAUUCUGCUAAACGUUUCUGGCAUGGUGUCGCAACGGUGUCGCUUAUGCAAUAGUGACAUUAUGUUCAGAAACCAUUUGAUUCGAGCUUUGAAAUGU